CUCGCGCUCGCAGCCUCCCGCGCGGGGCCUUUCGCCCUCGGCGGACGCCGGAGCCUCGCAAGAAGAUGUUCGCAGAGCUCAACGAACUGCUCGGGGCCUCCGUCGAAAGGCCGGAGCAGGGCACACUGACCCUGCUCUGUGCUGACAAGACAGACGCCAGUUUCCUGGUUCACCAUUUCCUCUCCUUUUACUUGAAAGCUGGCUGCAAGGUCUGUUUCGUGGCUCUUGUCCAGUCCUUCAGUCACUACAACAUUGUGGCCCAGAAGCUGGGAAGCAGCCUGACGGCAGCCAAGGAACGAGGCCAGCUUGUGCUCUUGGAGGGGCUGAAAUCCGCGAAUGACUUCUUGUUUGGCCAGCAGUCGCAGUCGGGCGAAGCCCAUCCCUUCCAGUUCAUCAGUGGAGAUGGGUCCGAUCUGAAAGCCCUUUAUGAGUUUAUUCGGAAGGCCCUCAGCCCAGCCACGGAUGGCGACCUGUGGAAGUUCCCUGUGCUGAUGGUGGACAACCUCAGCGUCAUGCUGAGUCUGGGCGUCAGGCCGAGGGACAUUCUCGAUUUCAUCCAGUAUUGCCGAGCCACCGUGAGCGCUCAGCUUAAGGGGAACUUGGUGGUGAUGGUGCAAAGUGACGACAGCUCGGAGGAUGAGCAGAACGACCUGCUGGCGAAGUCGCUCCAUCACCAGAGCAGCUGGGUGCUGAGAGCGGAAGGGCUGGCCAGUGGCUUCUGCAAGGAUGUUCACGGGCAGUUAACGAUUGUCCAACGGAGCUCCUGGGAGACAAAAGCCGAGAGGGACCUUCUCCGCAUUUUCCAGUAUAAGAUCCAGGACAAGAAUGUCGCAUUCUUUGCCCGAGGGAUGUCGGCAGCAGUGCUGUGACUUCUGGGGCUGGCGGUGAACUGGAGGGAGAAGUCAUCUUUCAAAAAGGCUUAUGGGAUCCAGAGAUGCACAGAAGGAGCAUUGUAGAUGGAACUGGCACUGUGGGAGUGGUUCAGCUAUCUUGGUGUUUUGUUGGAGUUGUUCUGGCACCGUUUCCAAGCAUUGCAUUCCGUACCAGGAUGUGCUCUGAGCUACUCUGUGGAUAGUCAGGCUGGGGUGUAAGUUCUGCCGUCCCAAGUGCAUUUGGGUCCCCUGCUAGGCCACCCUGUUUGAACGGGGCUCACUCUACCCCGGCAUAUGCCUGUGUGAUUAAAUUCGUGUUCCCCAGAAUUCAGGCUUCGGAAUAGGUGAUGUUUUAUUAGAGAUCAGCCUUCAGACCAUGACCAGCAGUCCUCUCAGGCAGGCUGCUUCAUGCAUUCUGCUCUCCCGCCUUUGCCUUGCUUCACGCCGGCAGGGCUUACCUGGCAAUCUGUGGUUGCCAAAUACUGCAGAACACCAUGUGCUUGUGCUACUGUAGAACAUCCUGCUGAUCCCAGUCCUCCAAGUUCUGAUGGGACACGGCUAUUAAACCAAAGACUAUGAAGUGACUCAGGCAAAAUUGGCUUUGCUCUUUGGCUUCCCAAUUUAUCCGCACAGGCCUGACUGAGCCAGUCUAAUUAGAAUUGACUCUUAUUCAUGAUUCCAUAAUGAGAAGGAGGUAGAAAAAUAGAAUCUUUCAUUGACAAGCAGAGCAAAUAAAAGGCUGCACCCUACCUGCAUUUCUAAAGAGACACACCUAAUUUCUGGGCCCAGUAGGUGAAGUGUGGAAGCUGCAACCAAGAUUAAUGAGUUGCUAAGUGGAUACAACUCCUGUGAGAACUCAUUGAUUCUUGGUGUGGCUUGUCGCCCAUGAAAACAAACGUGGUCUGGGUCCCCGGGUCAAGCUGUGCGAAUCCAGUUGUUGCUUGCUACACCUCAAAUGCCAUUCUUGGCCGUCUGACAAAAAAGACCUGUGCAGCCUUAAUAUUUCAGUCCAAAAUUUUCAAAACAAUUCCAACUUACAUUUAUUAUGUUAAACCAUACAAAACGUAUACAGUUAAAGAACAUUUAAAAAUAAUAUUGACAGCACCUGCAAAGACCACACACACAACCCAAAUAGUGCCAACGUACACUUCCUCCAAAAAGACCAUUGGGGAAACUGAGCCUUAUAAAACUUCCACUGAGAUUCUAGGAUCUGAUCUGAAUAGUCAAUUGUGACGUUAUUUUUCUACUAUUUUUCUUGACUGUUGAUGAGUUAUUGUGCAUUUUAUUGCCUUUUUAGUGAACUGCCUUGGGAAUAUGUAUUGAAGAUCAGUAUGUUUAUGAAACUAAAUCAAGAUGAAUGGUGAUUCUUAGGCAACAUACUUACUGCUUGCCAUGAUUCAGGCGCACUGGCAACAGCUGUGCGUUCAGAGAAGAAAAUGUUCCAGAGGCAAGACAUAUGUUCCUAUAGUCUUAUUCAUCUUACUCGCUUUGAUAGAUCCCUGUCCAGUAAAAAAAUACCCACAGUUGUGAAGUCACCCAAUAAGAAUUAGAAAGCGGGAAUGGCUUUACAUUGUGUAGCAAGCUUCACUUCUUUUACUCAGUGAUUGCUAUAUAGGUUUUCCAUGACUGGGGCUCUGCUGGAGAGAUGAGCUGUGUACCUUCACCCCCAAAGUGGGAUUCAUUAGUGCUCUGCUUGUUCCCUUUAGCGUUGCGUGUAUGCAAGCAGCUUCCUCCCCAGCUGUCGAGAAGGAGAUGCAGCCCCAUCAGCGGGGAAAGGGAAAAUGCUCAUCGACAGCAAUGAGCUAUAAACUCAUCUACAACCCUGCCCAUUCUGAUAUUUUGGUCAAUGGACCACCACCAUAAGAACAUCAUCUGAUAUUUCAUGGGAUUUUUUUCUUGAAGCUUUAAAUAAAUAAUAACCUGGUUUGCACAGCA